UCUUUGUCCGAUCAGAACUGUUCUAACUGUAUUAAUUCCACGCUGCUUAAUAUUAUCCGCAGAAAACGCGCUUAAUUCUCCCUGCAGUGACACUCAUUAACUUGCCCUGUCUCAGGCCACGCCCCCUCGCUGACUGGGCAUUCCUGCAGACUCUUUUCCACCGACGAAGUUUCUGUGGCGGAGAGGAACCGAAGAAAGGCUGAUCGGUUCGGAAUGGACGCCCUGGCCGUCCCCGAGAGCGGAGGAGAGGGCUGGUAUUUGUCACUCAUGGCUCCAAACACAAAGGGGCCAAGUUUCGCGUGGGUUGACCCGUCCAGACUGUACUGCAACUCCCAGGCCCUGUCAGACUGUGUGAAGGACCUUCUCAAACCAUUCCAGAAUGACUCCAUCGACCUGGUGGUUGGAAUAGAUGCAAUGGGCUUCAUUCUGGGUUCAGCUGUGGCCAUCACUCUGGGAAAAGGCUUUUUAGCCAUCCGAAAAGCAGGACGGCUUUGUGUGGAAACCCAAACACAGAAUUACAGCGACUACAGUGGCGAAGAGAAGCUAAUCGAAGUGCGAGUAGAUGUUCUCAGACCAGGUCUGCGUGUUCUACUGGUCGACCAGUGGAUUGAGACUGGAGGAACAAUGAUAGCUGCCAUCAAACUGGUAGAAAAACAGGGAGCAGCUGUUGUAGGUGUUGCAGCUGUGGCCAUUGAGAACACUGAAGGUGGAAAAUGGAUAAAGGAAAACUACAAGUACUCCCACUGCAUUCCUAAGGAGCUCCGGUCUCAGAUAGACAGCAAAUACCUGGAAUCUUUCAAGACAUUCAGUCGUUGAACCAGGCAUCCAUUCAAGACAGUGACUGGGAGAGAAGAAAACAAGAUCUGCAAUUUGAGCCCUGACUGUUUGUGAUGCUUCUGGUAUGUCUGAAGAUGUGAUAAUCAUUUAUCAUUUUUACUGACAGCUACAUCAGAGCUAAAGUACGAUCUGUUAGCAGUUCUUUAUCAAAAAGUCACUGCCUUUAUUAAUUAUUAAGAAGAAAAUUAAGUCUAGUAUUAUUUGCCACUAACAGCCACUAUUCAAUCUGUUUUAAAGAAAAAUAUUUAAGUACACAAAGAUAAAUGCUAAAUGUGUCAAUUCUAUUAACUAAUCAGUCAUUUUUAAUGAAUGCAGCAAAUCUGACAGGUAACAUAGGAAUUUAGGAGACUUUAAUGAGGCCUGCUAAUUUGCAUACAGUAUAAAAAUGUUUUAUUCAAACAAAAUGCACAUUAACAAAGAUCUAUAAAUUGUUCAGCAUUGUGUAAAAUAGUAAAAAAAACUUAGUUUUGAAAUUUGUACACUACAGCAUUCAGUACUAUUUUAAAUACAUUAUUGAAACUGCAUUUUUGAUUAAUCAUUAAAAUGCAAUGCCACUUUCACUGUGCAGUUAAUACUUGGCCACGCACGACCUUAAUAUACUGAUCCACGUGAACUAAAAUGAAGUAUCUAAAAAAAAAGAAGAGACCUAGUUACCUUUAAUAUAGUACCAUAAUCAUUCAUAAAAGUGAAACACAGAAGAGAAGACAGAUUUUUGUGCAUAGACAUCAUAGGGGAAAAAAAUUCCACCACAAAAAUGAAAACCUCAUGAUAUCCUACUAAGGAAUGUUCUCUCAAUUCCAACAGUUUUCAGUUCCACCCUCUCCACAGAGAGCUAACCACAAAGCUUACUGUGCAUUCCUUAUGUGUAGAUGUGGUCUUUAAAAAUCCAUUUCUAUAGUCUCCCUGUUAACCUGUACAUACUUUACUUUUUGCUUUGGUACCGUAAUUUUCAGUGCAAAAUUCCCAGUUUGAGCCGCUCCUUUUACUGGCAGCAGUUUGGCUGUUUCUUCUUAGAAGUUGCGUACAAGUUACUUGUGUUGCUGUUGAUUUCUGUAACAAGAAGAUGAAAAAAGGGGAAAUUAGGAGACCUUGUUUUAUGCAACUUUUGCAGACUUUUUACAGAAACCAAUAACUGCAUUUGCUGAAAAAAGAACAGUCAUGUCAAUGAUUUGAUCAAUAGUACUGGCAAUAUGCGCAUUUCUGCUCGUCCAUUUCUACGUGCAAGUUUAAAUGCAAUCAUUCAUGUUGUAAAAUGAAUUUAUUUUCAAAACAGUAGCUGAUAUCUUGUGAGUUACUGUAAAGUUUUGGUUUUAGCUCUGCAUGCUGCCAUCCAUCACAUGGAUUUGUUCAAUUCCAACAGCAGCGCACUUGUUUUACCUGAAUGAAGCUUUGAGGUACUGGAUGAUGACUACAAAUAUAGAGGUUUGGAAAUGGUUAAACACUGACAUGCAUACAAUCAACAAGUACUGUAUUCAUUAUUACUGUACUAAUGUUAUUUAUUCUAAUUGUGUUAUUUUCAGCAAAUAAAAUGCUUUUCAGGAAUAUUUAGA